GCCCCUCAACUCGUCUAAUAUAAGAAUGAGACAUACAAUACCCCUUCACGCAUGUACGAAAGAGACGGCCAAUCUAAUUUGGAAGCAACCGACUAAACGCCAUAUUUGAAAAAUUUGAAACCUUCCAAACUGUGUUUCGUACUCGCGUCGCGAUUAAUUUUCGAAUUUCGCCAAGUUUUUUGCAUUUGGUAUUGUUUUUAUUAUUACAAAAAGUGAACGGGAAUUGUGAUAAAUUACGGUUGUGCAUGAAAAGUGUUAAGUUUUAUAGGAAAAUCGUGAGUAAAAAGUGAAAAUUCGUCGGCGUUCGUGAAGAAAUGUUUGUUGAAAGUGACGGUGACGAGUGUUUGACUGACGGCAUUUUUUGACAUUUCUUUGUGGUAGUUAUGGAAUUUUAUGGAUUUGCCGGUGAUUGGAGGACAUAAACCAGUGUUAAUAGUGUUGUGAAAUACUGAAAACCAUUAGAGUUUAGGUGGAAAGUGAUAAAGUGCAAGAAUUUGUAUUGAACAAGUGACUACCCAUGGAUGUGUACACGGAGAGUAGUGGCGUUGAUACGUCGCCCGAUAUGAAUUCCAGUGUGGAAAUCAGUUCGCCGGAUCGCAUGAAGGCUGUUUUGCCGAGAAAAUUGACAUUCGGACUGUCGCCCGAAGGGGAUACCAAUGAUAUUAGCAAACAAUAUAAUGCCGCAAACUUGGUGCUUAGCCCGAGGAAGCAGCCUUCAAUUUCGCCACCGUACAGAAGAGUACGGGCGUUGAGGCUCUUCGACACGCCCGCUACACCAAAAACAAUAAUGCAAAAAUCAACGGCAGCCAAAUGCCCCAAAUUUCUUUACAAUCACGAGAAUGCAAACUUGGAUUUCGUGCCGGCAAUGGUACGCGAGGCACCGGGUAAUGUUCUGUGCGAUCGGCCUCGGUGUUUUCCCCUUCACAAUCAAGCCUUCGAUAAUGUGAUGAACGCAGCCAACAUUAACCCUUUUACACCAAAUAGUCUCCUUAUGCAAAACAAGAAACGAUCCCGGACGCAACUCGGUCGGGAAAACCUUCAUAACAACUCCCUGCCGACGAAUGCGUUCCGUGAACGACAGCAGAAUUUUGCGAAAUAUUCCGACGAUGAAGAUUUGCCGGAGGUGCAUCAAGCACCGAAACGACUUGCAUUGCAGGACUCAAAUAUUAGCCGAUAUGCUAAGGAAUUCGUUGAGAUUUCAUUAAUAGGUGUGGGGGAAUUCGGUUUAGUUUAUCAGUGCCUGAAUCGUUUAGAUGGCUGCGUUUACGCAAUCAAGAAGAGUAUAAAACCUGUAGCUGGAAGUUCGUUCGAGAAGACUGCUUUGAAUGAAGUAUGGGCUCAUGCCGUGCUCGGGAAACACGACAAUGUCGUCCGAUACUACUCAGCUUGGGCCGAGGAUAAUCACAUGCUCAUUCAGAACGAAUACUGCAAUGGUGGCAGCUUACAAGCUUUCAUUCAGAAACGUUUCCUGGUCGAAUCAGAGCUACGGACGUUGCUCCUACACAUUGCUGAGGGGUUAAAGUACAUCCACUCGAACGGGCUGGUGCACAUGGACCUGAAAUCCGGCAACAUAUUUUUGACUAAGGUUCCUGCACGGCCUGCAUCAACGACCGACAGUUAUGAUGACGGCUUCGAGGACGUUUACGAUGAAGUGGAAAGUGCUGAGUAUAUUAUUACGUAUAAAAUUGGUGAUUUAGGUCAUGUGACAUCGGUGAAGGAUCCCCAAGUGGAGGAGGGCGAUUGUCGAUAUCUACCGAAGGAAAUAUUGCAGGAGGACUUCAAGCACUUGUUUAAGGCGGAUAUAUUUUCGCUUGGCAUGACAUUAUAUGAAGCAGCAGGAGGUGGUCCGUUGCCGAAAAAUGGACCCGAGUGGCACAAGUUCCGGGAGGGCGACUUUCCAGAUUUACCAAAUUUAAGCAAAGAUUUUAAUUCUUUGAUCAAACUGAUGACCCAUCCGGAUCCAGAGUGCAGGCCGUCGUCGACUUCGAUAUUCAACCAUGCGAUACUGAACCCCAUUGAGUCGAAAACAAAGGCACAACUCAGUCAUGAAUUGGCUGUCGAACGGCAGAAAAAUGAACUUCUGCUCAGGAAACUGAAGGAAGCAAAGAAGAUCCUGAAAUCAUACGAACAAUCAAAGACACCUGUUACCAAAAGGCUAAAACAUCAAUCACCAACUGUUUCAGAUCGUCAAUUGCGCUCGUAUACGCGAAAAACCCAACGACCUGUACUAAGUCGCAGUCGACGCGGUCUUCGUGAUAAAAACAAAAACGUUAUUGACGACAGAGUUUUUUCGUAUUCAAUACACCAAACUCAUGAAUAGAAUACAAGAAAGUGGCACAAACAAUUCACAUAUCUGAUUGAAUUCUUCUUUUUAAGUGAACUGAAAACAAUUCCAUAAUAACAUAUAAAACAUUUAUACAUACGUAUCUAUAUAUUUAUUCAGAGCAAUAAGAUAUUUUAGAAGAAUACGAAAAGUAAGUUGUCAAAUAAUAAUUAAUAAUUUCUUUUCAUUCGUGAACAUUUUUUUUUUCGCCAGCUGCCACUAUUUAAAGAAACUAUUACACGAAAUGCGGAAUAAUAUCUCAAUAAUUCAUUUGUAUUAAUUUGUUGAGGAGAUAAUAUGAAAUUUUUAUGAUUUCAUUCAAAGAAGUUUUGCUUCUAUAAAUGUAAAUGAUUUUCUCGAAAAAAGGGUUGGUUCGCUAUGUGUAUUUCUCUGUUUUAUUUUUAAAAGUUCAAUUUCAACACCUGAGAACUUGGAGUAUGGGUUCACUUGCCUACCUUGUUCCCUUUUUCUCGACAAAAUAUCGUUUUAUUUAAAGAAAAUCACGAUUGGACCGUACCAAAUGUACAGCAGAAGAGACGAAGGCUUCAAGUUCCAAUUGUUUUGGACGUUGUAGAAACAAUUAGUACUAAUUGUGUGAUAUCUCGGUCGAAACACAUUAAACUCGCAGUGCAGCGACUCCCUACAACAACUAAUAGCUCACUGUUUAUAGAACAUGUAAGGAAUCUUAACAAUAUUUCAUUAUGUGCAGCCAUUCUUUCGAUUUAUUUUUCAAAUUCUAAUCCUACUUAGUUAUUUUUUCAAGAAGGAACUAAAAUAUUCUUCUAAUUGUAAAUAUUAAGUUUAGAAAAAGUACUAAUUGGAAAUUCUAUUAUCGCAAGUAUACAUGUUCUGAUCAGUUCAGUUCAAAAUUAAAACCGCUUUUAACACCAAUUCGACACGGAGACUGAUUGCUUCGAGAGAGUUUUACUGCACAUUUUUACAAAUUGUUGAUUCUAAUGUGUUUGAAGUCUACAACGUAUUGAAAAUAGUAAAAUGGUGCUUUUCAGUCAUACUUUGAACUAGGCUGUGAUUAAUGAAAGCUUCUUAGUAUGACUGAAAACAUCACAAACUUUAAUGUAAAUAAUCAGUUAUUGAUUAGACGUAGAAUCGUGGGAGCAGUUUUUCAAGAUAUUCAUAUGAAAAUCUAAUUGAAAUUCAGUUUUAUAUAAUUGAUUUCAAUCACUUGUAGUGUGUAUACGACAAAAGAUUCAUUUUAGUAGAUUUAUUUUUUUCCUUUUCACAGAGAGUUUCCAGGAUGGGGAUGAGUAUUUGGAUUUAGUUUGGAUGAAAGUAUUUUAUGUUAUCCGAUUAUUUAUAUAUUAAGAAUUAAAAGCUAAUUUUGUCACCGACAAAAUUUAUAUUUCAGAUAAUAAUUUCAUAGUUCAUACAAAUUGCUUAUCUCCUUUGAAUUCCAACAUUUCGCGUUGCAUACAUAGUCCUUUCUAACAAAAAUGUCAUCCUAAGUUGAAUUAAAAUUUAAUAACUUAUCCUCUCAUUGCAUUUAAUCUGAUCUUGAGCAAUAUAAUUAUAUUCAUUCUCAUUUAAGUUGAGGCUCCAUAUUGGGAUAAAGUAGCAAAGAAAUGAAGCCUUUCUGACUACGAAUCUCUUUUUUUUCCUACAUCAAUUUUCCAAUCAUCAGCCUUGGUGCACAUAGGGAUAAAAAAAGUUUGUUCAAAUUAUAAUAAAAACAAACAUUUAGAACCGAAGUAUAUACAGUUAUUAUGUGGAAAUUAUGCCAUUUAUUUAUUGUGAUUUAAAUUAGAUUUGAUGUGUAGUUUUAGCUUUAGUUGUUAGUUUUUAAUUUUCAUUAUGUUUAUUUUAGGCAAAAUAAAAAUAAUAGUGAAAAAUACUUUGUCAGAACCAUUGAUUUAUGAAAUUAUUUGAAGGGAAGUGGAGUUAUUAAGUUUGUAGUUUCUUUUACAUCGUAUUUUUGAUUAUUAUGAUAUUAAGUUCUAUUUUAUUUGUAGGAGAAUGUAUAUGUACAUAUUCUAUUUUCUUCCCCAUCGAAUAUAUGAAUAUUCAUUCAUUUGUUUUAUUCCUUAAAUGAAAAGUCAGAAACGAAAGAAAAUUAAAUCAAACUGAACCACCGUGCUGUGUAGACUUGAGAACCUCCUAACCAAGUAAUUUAAGUUAAUUCUAGUUUAUUUUAACUUUUCUAGAAAUGCUCAGUCUCAGAUUCUAUUUUCUGAAAAUGACCUUUCUCACAACCUUGCUAUUCUACAACCAUAAAUCUACAUGAUCUACAUCCUUUGUAAAUUGCACACAAAAAAUAAAUAACAAACAUAUAUUACUCUUAAAUGUUAUUUAUUUUGAAAUAAAAUGACUACGCAUUAUUUCAAAAGCAACAUGAAAGUCUGUCAAUGAUUUUUUUUGUUGAAUUAUUUCUUUUUCGUUGAUGAGAAGUUAACGAAAAUUUGGAGAAAAACAGGUUUCAUAACGUAAGCUCAAAACUUUCAGCAUGCGUAUCAAGAUUCGAUGAAUAGAGACCUAUAAGUUAAUGUUGCUUAUGUAUUUCAUCAGAAGCAUGAAUCUACUUUGACAAUAAUAUAAAUUAGGAUAUAUGAAUUAUCCUAAUUUCAAUAAUUAGUAAGCAUAUCGAAAACAUAUAUCGUUCACAUAAAUACAAAGAGCUAAUGUAUUUUGAAUCUAUUUUUAUAAAGAAAUGUAAUAAAUGUUCUAUGUAUACAAAUAGGGUCAUAAUAAAGUCAGAUUAUAGAUCUCAA